AUGCAGGCAGCCAACAGGCUCAGGACGGCCUUCACCAAGGGAGCCGGGCCCAGCUUGGGGCUGUGGCAGAUGAUUCCCGGCGCCAACGUUUCCCGGGUUCUCGCAAAGAGCCCGGGCAUCGACUGGGUCUUGGUCGACUGCGAACACGGAAACAUUGACGACGGGGCUAUGCACGAUGCCGUCCCCGCCAUCGCCGCCGCGGGCGUAUCGCCAAUUGUGAGGUUGCCGGACAUGCAGGGUUGGAUGGUCAAGCGCGCCUUGGAUUGUGGUGCUCACGGGAUCCUCGUCCCGCUGCUCCGCACGCCUCAAGAGGCGAAGGACCUCGUACAGUCCGCCAAGUUUCCCCCUUGGGGACGACGGGGUUUCGGGUCGCCCCUCGCCAUGGAGAGGUUCAACCCGGCGCCCACCAUGACCGAGUACUUGCAGCAGGCCAACGACAGUCUGUUGACGAUGGUACAGAUUGAGACUCAAGAGGCUUUAAACUCGGUCGAGGACAUUGCUGCGGUUGAGGGUAUCGAUGUACUGUUCAUUGGGCCCUUUGAUCUUGGAAACAACAUUGGCCACCCAGUGAUCAACGGCGUCAUCAAGAAGGAGUUGAGUGAUGCCAUUGACCGCAUCCUCGAGGCCACCCACAAGGCGGGCAAGAAGGCUGGCAUCUUCUGCACCUCAGGAGAGCAGUCGAAGUUCUUUGGAGACAAGGGAUUCGAUAUGAUUAGCGUAGCGACGGACUACACGGCAUUGCAGUACACCUUGGCGGAAUCUUUGAACAUAGCCCGCGGGGCGGCGAAGCCAGCCAAGGGUGGAUCAUAUUAA